AUGAGCCACGCACGAAGAGCGUGUUCUGUGGCCUCGCGCUUCGCGCGGACUCCACUCUUGAGGGCAGUUGCACCUGCACCAGUGUUCACCUCGUGCUCCCAAUGGCGCACCCUCGUCACUGACGCCGGCUCAUCGACUCCAAAGUUCGGCCUGCGGGAGUCGGGCCCGUUCGUCGAGUACGCCAAGUCUGCCAAUGCCGCCGAGGCAGGGCCCUCCGCGCCUAAAAUUGACAGUGUAGAUGCGUGGAAAAAAGCCGGCGUGCCGCAAGCCGUCAUUGACCGCCUCCUCGCCGUGUACCCCGAAUGCGUGGCGCCGACGCCGGCACAACUUGCCUUUCUGCUAGGUGUCCAGAAGGGUGGCGUCGACAUCUUCUUGCGCGAUUAUAUGGGUCGUGGUAAGACGUUUGCGUUGGUGCUCGCGGCGCUGUCGAUCGUCCAGCAGAAGGGCCGGGUUGUCAUGAUGCUACCGACGCCGCACCUCGUGCGGCAGGUGGCUGACCUCCUCUCCGCGCUGGGUGAUGUUAGCGUAGGCACUGUCUCGAACGAAGGCGAGACUGAAUUGAACGCGCGCGUUGUGCUCGGCACACCGCGUGCGUUUCUCUCGCUGGCUGGCAAGAAGCGCAACAUGUCAUUAGGGGAUCGGUUACGCGGCGUGACGCAUGUGUUUGUCGACGAAAUCGACUCACAGAUCGGUUCGCUGCCGCACGCGCGCAUGACGAAGAAUCAGCUGGAACGGCACCCGAGUCGUAAGCACACACCGGCUGUGGCCGACGCGCUCGACUCGCUCUUCGGUAUCAGGCAGACGGACGGGUACACCGACUUUAGCCGGCGCAAGAGCAUCACGAGCGUCUUCUCGAGCGCCACGCUGGACAACAAUACACGCAGACACAUCUACGGGCGAGGAUGGGUGCGGCCGAAGGGCGGUGCGGCAGCCAAGCAGAUUCUCGACCUCGACUUCUCCGCAGCCGCUACGCCGAGACAGGUCGCGCUGCGCGAGACGAUGGCGCAGAUCGCCGCGCGGGAGGGCGCCGUCUCAGCCCAGCCGAUACAGAGGAAACCAAAACAUUAUGCGUUCUCGGUGAGCCCCGAGGGUAAACUCUCUGCCCUUGACCUUGCGCGGCCCGGCGAAUCGGGUUUCAUGCCGCCUGUGGUGGACGAAAAGGGCCGCGAGAUCGACCUUGACACGCUCCCCCUCCGCAAGUCCGCCAACAAGCCGCGCCCAGGACUCCCCGUCACACUGCUCGAGGGCAUGGCGUUCCUACACGCGACGGUUCCUCCUCCGAGCGGGACGUACUCGCUCGCAGUGCUUCCCGACGGCGCGUCCGUUGCCGGUGCAACUGCCGAGCUCGCGGCGCUCGGACUCAACGUUAUCCCGCUCGUCCCCGAGGUUCUCGAAGGCGGAGUAGAGCCCCCACCAGCCGAGGCACCGCACAUCAUGCUCCUGACGACGCGCGCCGCCGUGCCAGGCCUCCACCUUCCCCACCUCCAUUCGAUCUACCUCCUGAACGGGCUGGAUGUGAGUAAGCUCUCCAAGUCGGCCAAGAUGGCUGGGGGACGUGAGGGUCAGAGCUUGGUGUACUCGAUCAUCACCGGUCGACUUGGGCGGAUGGCGACUGAAGUCGGCGACCCGCAGAACCCACAGCGCGUCGUGAGUAUCGUCCAGCAUGACUCUUAUGAGGAGUGGGCGCUCCGGCACAUGUUUGGCGAAAUGUACACCAAGUGGCAGUUUGCGCUUAGCCAAUGGCCUGGCGAAGUCUGA